CAGAAGGUAUGAAGAGGAAAAGGGCGGUGCCGAAGCCGAUCCUUUUCAGCGAAGGGUGGGAGGUCAUCGAGCAAGGCGUCACCAAGAUGAAGAGGAUCUUGGAAGGGCUUCCCGAACCGCCUUUCACAUGCGAGGAAUACAUGAAGAUCUACACAAGAAUCCACGAUAUGUGUAUCCAAAGGUCUCCGCACGAUACCACGGAGAAAUUGUACACAAAGUACAAGGAAGUGAUCAUGGAGUACAUAACUUCCGUGGUAUUGCCCUCUUUGAAGGACAAGCAUGAUGAGUUUUUGUUAAGGGAACUGGUCAUAAGAUGGUCAAAUCAUAAAGUUAUGAGCAAAUGGCUUUCACGUUUUUUUUCGUACCUUAAUCGCUUUUUCAUCAAGCGGAACUCACUUCCAUCACUUGAUGAAGUUGCAUUUACAUGUUUUCGAGACCAGGUUUAUAAGGAGACUAAAGGAAAAGUUAAAGAUGCAGUCAUUUCUUUGAUUGAUCAAGAGCGCGGUGGUGAACAAAUUGAUAGGGGUCUGUUGAAGAAUGUUAUUGAAAUUUUUGUUGAAAUUGGAACGGGCAAGAUGGAUUAUUAUAAAAAUGAUUUUGAAGAAGAAAUGCUUAAAGAAACAGCAUCCUAUUACUCUAGAAAAGCUUCAAAUUGGAUUCUCAUCGAAUCAUUCCCAGAUUACAUGUUAAAGGUUGAGGAGUGCUUAAGGAAGGAGAAGGAUAGGGUCGUUCAUUAUUUGCAUGCUACCAGCGGACCAAAAUUGAUAGAGCAAGUGCGUCAUGAGGUUCUAUGUGUUUAUUCAAGCCAACUUUUGGAAAAUGAAAAGUCUGGUUGCUGUGUCUUAAUUCAAGAACACAAGGUGGAUGAUCUCUCACGGAUGUACAAGCUUUUUUCAAAGAUAGACGAUGGUCUAUGCCGUAUCUCUCAAAUUUAUAAGAAGCAUGUGACUGUUGAGGGUACAAUUUUAGUUAAAAAAGCAGAUGAUGUUGCAAGUAAUAAGGAGGUAACUAUCAAUCAGACUUUUGUUAGGGAAGUUAUUGAACUUCAUGACAAGAACAUGCCACUCGUGAAUGAUUGUUUCCAAAAUCAUACCCUUUUCCGUAAGGCACUCAAAGAGGCAUUUGAGAUUUUUCUCAAUAAGACUGUUGCUGGUAGCUCAACUGCUGAGUUACUGGUUAACUAUUGUGAUAAUAUUCUUAAGAAGGGUGGAAGUGAGAAACAUAGUGAUGAAGCAAUUGAACAAAUACUUGAAAAGGCUGUGAAUUUGCUUGGUUAUAUCUAUGACAAAGAUUUAUUUGUUGAGUUCUAUAGGAAAAAGCUUGCUAGGAGGUUGUUAUUCGACAAAAGUGGAUUUAUUUUUCAGGUAACUGAUAUGACCCUCGCUAGAGAAACACAAGCUGAUUUUAAGGAAUAUCUUCAAUGUAAUCCACGUACAAAUCCAGGGAUAGAUUUAUCAGUUACUGUUUUGACAACUGGAUUUUGGCCAUCUUAUAGAUCAUCUGAUUUCCACCUUCCAUUUGAAAUGACUAAAUGUAUACAAGCUUUCACGGAGUUCUAUCCGACAAAAACAAAUAGCAGAAAGCUCACAUGGAUAUAUUCUUUGGGGACAUGCAAUAUUACAGCCAAGUUUGAAUUGCAAACUAUAGAGCUUAUUGUGACAACAUAUCAGGCUGCAGUUCUUCUGCUCUUUAAUGACUCAAAUCGAUUAAGCUACUCGGAGAUCAUGUCUCAGCUUAAUUUAGUCGAUGACGAUGUAGUCAGAUUGCUUCAAUCCCUUUGUUGCUUGAAGUAUAAAAUUCUGAAUAAAGAACCAAAUAUAAAUUCUAUUUCUUCAGAUGACGUCUUUGCGUUCAAUUCAAAAUUCACCAACAAAAUGAGAAGGAUCAAGAUACCCCUUCCAAUUGUGGAUGAAAAAAAGAAAAUACUUGAAGUCGUGGACAAGGAUAGAAAAUAUGUUGUUGAUGCAUGCCUGAUUCGCAUUAUGAAAAGUCGCAAAGUAUUGAAUCAUCAACAGUUGAUUACAGAAUGUGUCGAACAACUUAAAGUCUUCAAGCCUGACUUGAAACUAAUUAAGAAGCGUAUUGAAGAUUUGAUAAAUAGAGAAUAUCUAGAGAGAGACUCGGAGAAUCUGAAUCUGUACAGAUACCUGGCUUGAUCGAUCUAAUUAUUCGUUGGUGAAAAUAAGCAUUCCCCUUCUCGGGUUUUGUCAAUAUUAGCAAACUCCAGCCACCUUCAGAGUCAUCCCGUUGUAUGGUUUUA